AUGAAGUAAAUUAUGUUAGAACACUCUCCCAAUUGCUCCACAACCUGAUACCUGAGUAAAAAUUGUCAUCUUUCUACAUAGAAAAUACGUAAAAACAUGAUGAUUUAAAGUUUAUUAUCAUCAACUGACCAUCGUUUUUCUGUUUUAUGCCACUUUGAAAAUGUUGUGCAUCAACGUCUUGCUGUAUUUAGCUGUGUGUUUUUCGGCACCCAGCAAAAGUUCGACGACGGCGAUCAGAAAUGGCACCUUCACUAUCGGGAAGGAACCCGCCCAACAGGGGGCACCACAUCUGGAACAGGAUACUCGGAAACUUGAAGACUUGUCGCUAUUUUCUUUCUUACGCAUGGACGUUGGCGAUGACCCCCGGACUACAGCUGAUGGCACGGCAGAUGUUCAAGACUCACUAGGUCAUGCAUACCGCAUCUUUAGAAGAAGUUCAUCGAAUGGCAACCGGACGAAAGUAAUGAAGGAGCAUACCAUUAAGAAAAGGAGCGACAAUCGAAAUGUAUGUGAACAUCAUCUGGAGAGUUCAUCUGGUAUACUGUCUUCGAAUGUAAUGGCGAAAUCGUUGUUUUGCAGAUGGAACAUUUCUGCACCAGAGAACUUCAUUGUAACCAUUGUUUUGACGAUUCUACGAUUUAACGAUUCCAGCCUGGUUCUUGCCGACAGUGCCGGCGAUUCCUGUCUUCAAAACGGAACACGCAUUGUCUUUACAGAAUUCCUUCCUGAUUUUCAACUUACGCAGACGGCGUUGUGUGAAGUAAAUUCUGCACAGACUACAGCAUUGACAUUCACAACCCUUAGCAACAGAGUUUCCAUAACUGUAUAUACUCGACGAGAUUCCCAGAUCGUGUGGGCACUCAUGUACCAGGCCAUCGACGAAUCUUCAUUCGUAGAGCUGGAUCAAGAUGACGUCUAUGACGUCGGCAGUGGAGGAGAUUUUGCAGAACUUUUAACCAUGAGCUAUGACAUGGGCGCUGACCAGUGCUUUGAACUCUACGGAAUGACCAUAAGUCCCAUGAACAGAUCAUUUGGCAAUAGUGAAAACUGUUCACUGACGUUUAUGCCUGAUCUGAAUGAAGAACUGAUGUUAUCAUUUCUCAACAUUGGUCUUUCUAAUCCUGCUGUUAGUAAUUGUAGCUCUGACAUUGCAUUCCUCACUAUCCGUACAUGGGCGCCAGAUGGAAACGUCAAUGAGACCUUUCUCUGCUCGAUUCCUUCAAUGGGAGCUCAGUUCAUAUCUCCUGUUCGCAUAGAGCUGCAUUACAAUCCUUCUGCAAUCACUGGCCGAGAUUUCAAAGCAGAGAUAAGUAUUGCUAUGCCUGAUUUUGAUAUGGGUAGAGCUGAAUUAUCGAGCAUGUUGAUAAAGAACACACUGGUGUACUCCCUAACAGGUGAACGUGGAAACUUUUCUACUUUGGGUUACCCGAAUCCUUUUCCAAAUAUUCGCAUGAUAUGGGAGAUCAUUGUUGGAAAGGGGAAGGCAAUUAACCUUGAGUUCGUCGAUAUUGAUCUAGGGUACACGCCCCCUUCCAUCUGCAAUGAAACCACGCCCAUUCUGUUCAUCAUCUCUUCACCAACCCAGGGCAGGGAACAGAUAUAUUGCGGUUCUUUACCGCCACGGAACAUAAUAUCGACAGGCGGCAGGAUGAUUUUAAUGUUCGACCCCAAGGCAGGUAAAGUUGGAAGUGGAAUACAUGCAGUUUACUCAUCAUUUGAUCUUGAGAAAGAUACAUUUCGAGGAAACCUGGAUAUAGAUGAUGCUUGGAGUCCUUCACCAGAGUUCCCCAUCCUGCCUUCAAUGUUAGCUGAUGUUGUGAGAGUCUUUGCAAAUUGUGAAUUAUUAUUCAUGAAUGCCACUGACAAUUUCACGAUGGUCAAUAAUUAUUCCAUUGAUACCACCGUCGACAAUACUAUCUGCUGGCAAAUAUUGUUAAGCCCAUCGAAUUUCAUAAAAAGCAUCUUCACAAACAUUUCGCUCUUCGAUUCGCUUGAUGAAGAUAAUGGAAGUACAAUGAAGGCUACCUACACAACAUUGUUAAGCACACCAUUUUCUGACGACGGUGAACAUUUUCGAAGGGACGUUGACAAUGGCGAGGCUGUCACUCUUUCUCCAGAACCAACCGCCUCAUCCAAACAGUCGACUGAUGUUAUAGUAAUCCCUGACGAAUGUGCAUACAUAUUCACAGAGGACUCUGGAACAUUUUCUACAUUUCUUUUUCCCGAUGAUUAUCCAGCCAACUACACCUCCUGCUGGUAUAUAUCGACGGAUCCGUCUCGCUUCAUAAUGCUCCGAUUUCAAAACUUUUCACUUGAUUCUGCCCAGAUAGAUCCGUGUGAUAAAGCGUAUUCCUUUGUAACUGUCAGUGACUUCGUUUCAGACGAAGUACUCCUCUGCGGGACUCUUGAAAACCAGGUUGUUAAAUCUUCAAGCAAUAGCCUAAGGAUAGGUAUCGAUGGAAGAUUAGGACAAGGACAGGGAUUUUAUGCCCUGUUUGAAACAUUCAAAAUACCUCGAUUUCGAUCUCAUGUUGUUACAGGCGACACUGGCAGUUGCAAUGGCACAGAACACCUAGAGAGCCUCACUAUUUCCGGGACUGUUCGACUGCCUGCCCUCAUGAGCAAAUGCACUGUAGACGGAAUCUGGUUGGAGUGGUUCACCGAAUCUGAAAAAGAGAGUGGAUGGAUUGCAUCAUCAAUGUUUCCUGGACGAUAUCCAGCAGGUUCACACUGCCUCUGGGUUGUACGUGGAGAGGAAAAUGUGGCUUUUAACUUAGAUUUCUUUGAUUUUGACCUUGGUGAGGCACCCGGGACAUACCCGCCUUGUAGUGACGCCGAUACGUUCAUUCGGAUCCUUGAUUGUGUUUCAGGAGAUGAGCAGAUUUUAUGCGGUGUCAGAACUGAAAAUGAUCAUUUGCUGAUACAGUCAAACUCAGUCGAAAUAGAGUUUUACAGUCGAAAUGGACAGGGCAGAGGCUUCCAGGCUUUCUAUAGCCUUCAAAAAUCCACUGUGGAUGGUCAACAGUUCAAAGCUCUACCCGGAGGUCUGACUCCUGUUCCAUCUUUUACAGGAAGACUAGUCAUGACUACCCAAGAAUCACCACCUUCACAGUUGAUAAUGUCCACACUGCCGCCAGAAAUCGACGUAGUAUCGAUGGAGCCUGAUGUCUGUGGAGGUAUGGGUUCUGAUGCGUGUGGUGGCAGUUUACAGUCUGAAUUCGGUUACUUUUCAUCUGCAUUCUAUCCGCAAGAGCUGCAAACUAGAACUAAUUGUAUUUGGACGAUUGAAUCUUCUCUUCCUGAUCACCAAAUAGCAUUGAAAAUAUUGGACAUUGAUUUGGGUGUACCGGUGAUCAAUGGCGAAUGUGAUGCUGUUUAUGGAUACAUCAGGGUUGAAAUUUCUGGAUAUUCCGCGUUCAUCUGCAACAAUCGAGGACAAAACCUGUUUGUAUCCGAGGCAGGUUUAAUCACAGUCGAAUUUUCCCCGGAAUACAGUGUUGGACGGGGAUUCUGUGCAGCGUUCAUGUCCAUUGAUUCUAUGUUCAAUGGCAGUGUUGAUGAUCUUCAGUUCCCAUGUUUGUGCGGAAACCUAUAUACCAACAUUUCGUGGAUCACACCUUCCCCAGAACCUACUGAACCCGCAAGGUGCGAGUUUAUUAUCGGGGAGGGGUCAGGUACAUUGCCUUUGGACAGUUUUCCGAUUCCGUAUCCACCUAACUUCGAAUGUGUGUGGACUUUGCUAGCAAAUCCAGACGAGCAUGUGAAUCUUCGGUUUCUGUCUAUGGAUCUGGAUGGAGUGAGGAUGAGCAGGAGAAGGACAUGUCUCCUGUCCGAUACACAUGUUCAGAUAACACUCUUCAAAGAAACCAAAGUUUUAAACAAGCGGUUUUGUUCUGGUGACGAUUGGUCUGUGAAUAUACCAUCAUCACGCGACGUGACCAUUAAGUUUACAUCUGGAGACAUCCCAGAUCAUAAUAAAACAGGAUUCCGUAUGGCAUAUAAUUUCACUCGUACGUUAUCAUCAUCAUCGGAAGUGUUCCGUCAAGACUUAGCAGAGAACACGUCGGUGAGUGAAUCCUCAUCAGAGGACGACUUUGGGUUUAGGGUCUUCGAUGACAUCAGCUAUUCGUCACUCACUUCAGAUGCGGAUGAAGGAGUGGUGGUCGAAUCCGGGAGAAGAACGACAGAAGGUGACAGAACGAGGCUGACAUGGCCAGUCGAGGUAGAAACUGAAAUUCCAGACCCAGGAUUAUUUUCUGACUUCGCAACAGAGCUUUCAGAUGUUUAUGGCACGGAGUUACCAGAAGAACCGAAGACUAUCGUUGAUGAUACAGCUAUUGCGGCAGAUAUCAUGACACCGAUAUCGCAGACUAAAAGGCCGCGUAGGACAUAUUCCUUAGAUGAGCUUCCAACAGGAAUCUCAACAUUACCGACAUCUGAAGAAAUCCCAGGCAGAGGUCAAAUGACUGCCAGAGAGAUGGAGCUGACGAUCUACAUCUGUACGGCAUUAGCUGCUAUCCUCGUCGUUGUACUCAUUUUGGUUACUUUAUAUUGCGCAAAGAAUAGGUACAAAUAAGACAAUUGUAAUUG